GUCGAUCAUGAGCUGCCCGUGAGAGAUAAAUGGAGAAUUCAUGUUUUCUUCCCAUUGGAUCACAGUGUAUGUAGUGUAGAGAGCCGCCGUGUGUCUCAAUCCUGCAGCCGUGACGGGGACAGACCGUAAAGGCGUUAAGAGACAGAGAAGGAGAGGAGGGACGCGCACCGACUGACCCAAGUGUGAGGACACUCUCGCUCCACCAUACACUCCGUACAAACUGGGAACGAUUUCAUUGAAACAUGGGGUGUAGGCUCCCUAAGCUACGGAAGGCAGAAGAGAGGCGAAGCCCGGGCAACAUCUACUCCACCCUGCGACGGCCUCAGGUGGAGACUAAAGUGGGUGUGGCUUACACCUACCACUUCCUGGAUUUCCUGCUGGGGAAAGAAGAGGUGCCGGUGUCAUCGGUGCUAUGUCUCUCCUCAGUCAGAGAGCUACCGGUUCAGGUCAGGGAACUCUACGCACAGGGUUUUGUCCUGGUCGCCGUCCACCCAUUUGUUCACCCCUGCGGCCCUCGCCACGCACACAUCCAGCGCCAGCUUCACCGGGCCGUGCUGGUCCGAGAGACGCCAAGUUCAGAGAAAAGCCAAAUGAGGUGGGCAAGACAUCGUCUGGAGACAGAUGUGUGUGUGGCAGGUCACCAGGCUGCUGAUCCAGAAGUGAUCCAGAGCUAUGUCAAGAGGAUCCAGGAUGUAGCGGAGCAAGGGGUGAUGUUUGUGGGCUUUCUUCAGCAGCCAGGUGGUGGACCCUGCUUCUUGGGGCACUGGGAUCCCGAGGAGCUGUCAUCCUUACAUUCAAGCCCUUCGCCCAUACAUCGACACCCCUUCAGUGCCAACACCAGCCCGACGGAUCCAACAGAACCACAUCAAAAUGGUGUAGAAUCUGACCAUCACCCCUUGGAACCUCAAGAGUUAGAUCAUGAAAAUGUAGAAUGUAACACACAGCCUUUGGCGUCCAGAGAACCAGACUUUAGCCCUUUGAAACCCACCCUGAGUUCAGAGUUCAUCACACAGGAUUCUAAUGAAGAAAUUCAAAUCUCACAGAUCAGUUUUAAAGAGUCACUAGAAUCAACAAACCAACCUCCAAAUCACAGUAAACUUGGUGUAGACACUGUUCAGUGGUGUCCAAGUCAAAACCCAGCAGAUUCCCAAGGGAGCCAGCUGUGUCUCAGCCCUUCAGGAAGUACCGGUACGGUCAGGCAGCAGGAGAGUGGUCUACCUGAACACAAGGACUCCACAGAGAAACAAUUUCACCUUCCAAACCAGAGAGGAAGACAAGGUUCAAGCUCAGACAGCUGGCUUAGCUCUCCAGAACUUGAUGGCAACCAUGAAAAAAAAUCCAGCUCUGUUUAUACAGAUGGACAAAGCAGAGUAACAACACACAACAACAACCAUAUUCGUCUUCACAGUUCAGAGAAAGAUAAGAACUCGAUGUCACCACCAGCGCAGGCUAGGAUGCAGCUCUUUGCCCUGUACAACCACACGGGGGAGCUGAACACUUCUCUGAGGUUCUACUCGCUGAGAGUGCCACUUCAAGUUCAAAAGGAAGCAGGGCUAAUCACAGAAGUUGAUGCGCACUGGCUCGACCACAUGACUCAGCAUUUCACCAGCGGCGCGCACCUCAUUGAUGGGUUUUUCCACCUUGGAGACGAUAAUGACAAUGGGGUUUCAUCUGUGGACAGUGUGUUCAUCUUCCAGAGCUCUGCAGAGGAGACCACAAACACCUCCUAUGAUGCUAUCGUGGUUGAGCAGUGGACCGUUGUCGAUGGUGUGGUGGUCAAGACAGACUACAUCCCAUUGCUCCAGUCUUUAGCUCCAUAUGGAUGGAGGCUGAUGUGUGUGUUGCCCACACCAAUUGUCAAGACCAACAGUGACGGGAGUUUGUCGACCAAGCAGAUCCUCUUCCUUCAGAGACCCAUUUUGCAACGCAAGAGAAAAGACUUCAAGAUACCGAACCUCAGGGGUCGCAGCAAGGCAAAGAAAAACUCCACAGGAGAAGAGGAUAGAGAGAACAGGUCCUCCGUGAUGGAGGCAGAGAUGGACAUGUUGAGAAGAGACACAAAAGAGGAAGAGGAAGAGGCAGAGGUGAGGAAGAGCAGGGAUAGCGGAAGGCGCGAAAGGGCGAGCCCUCAGGAAGGUACAGAGGAGAGCGAAGAGGAUGCGCAACAUCAGAAGGGCUCCUUGUUCCUAUCAGGGAGCAGGGUUUCUGUUGAAGAGUGGGAGGAGGAAACUGACAUUGACAAGAUCCCUGUGUCCAAGCAGGAGAAGUCAGUGAGAUGGACAGAUGUGUGUCAGAGAGAUUCAGGAGGGGUCAAGGAGGAGGUGAAGACAGAAGAGCGGAUCAAACAGCAGCUGUUUUCCGGCGUCUGUUGACACAUUGGGCACAAAACAGGGAAAGGGAAGCUGAAACCUAGUUAGUUUAUCCAAAAAAAAAAAAAGGCUUUCAAAUGGGUGUUUUGUUGAUCUGGAUUUUUAGUUCCCCUGUGGACGUUCCAGAUGUAGUCAUAUAUACUGUAUUUAUAUCACGUACUGUUGCUAACGCUUCAAUCUGCUCUGCUUAGGACGCAAGUCUUUGGGGUUCUAUAAAUGGGAAAGUGUUGUGCAGUUUUUCUGCUUUGGGUCACUGUUGUUAUUUGAUGUGUCUUUAUAUGAAAAACAAUGAGACUGUACAGGACUAUACAGUACUAACUAGAACAAGUCUCCAGUCUAAGCCUUAAGUAUUAUUUUCUUGCCCAUUGUUGUAUUUUACUACUUUCUUGUAAUAGGAAUGUUAAUAAGGGAGUAUUGAUUUCACUGGGUUCAUUGUAUUUUUAUAUGUAAAGUAUAUAAGAUAGAAAAAAAGGUAACACAAACUAUGUAGUAACCUUUGUUGUCAUUUUUAGCUUAUUACAGACAUCAGUAUCACCUUAUAUGUCGACCAAUAAACAACAAGAAAUUGUGGUUCAGAUAUGCCGAAAGUUUUUUUUGAGGAAAUUUAUAAUCUGGUUGUCAUGACAUGACUUGUCCACCAGAGUGAGUUUAUUUUUUAAAAUGGUUUACUCAGUGCAUAUCUUAGUCCCAAUUUUUCCAAUAAUGAUAUAAUUAGUAGUCUAUACUGCAUUGAGGUGGCGUGUGGUACAUUUUACUGGGUCUAAAUUUUAAAGGGUCAGUUCAUGUAAAUUAUCAAACAAUAUUUUGUCAUCAGCUCGCGUAGAAACUAGCUAUGUGGAUAGCUUUGGUCCUUUUUGACCAGGCUUUGAGAUAUCUGUCUGAGAUUUUUGCCCCUACCUCAAUACAGGGGAGGUGAACUUAAUCUUUGACACUUUGCUGUUAAUGUUUGGAUGCAAUUUUUUAUCCUGGGAGCAUCACAAAUUAUUUCUAUUUACCCCCAUUGUAUUGGGGUGGUCUCAAAGCCUGGCUAAAUCAAACCAGAUUUGUCUUGUUUGGCAAGAUGCUACAACAGACAAGUGAGAAAAUGCUUUUUUUUGUAAUUUGAGUGAACUGACCCUUUAAGGGUUUCCUCUUCAGAGAACGUGUACAUUAGAAAUCAGCUAUUUAUUGCUUCCUGGACCACCUGUGUUGUGUGUAAGUAGUGUGACAUGUACGUCUUUAUAUAGA